CGCACGCAGACUCAAGCAGUGCUUCAGAAAUGGCGGCCGAUGGUGGCAGCUCUUCGCUGCAGCUACCCUGCGUUUUUUCACCCAAAUCACGACAGUACUUAGCAUUGUGUGCCCAGGAUGGCAGACUUCGCAUUUGGAACACAGAUAGUAAAACACUUCACCAAGAAUAUGUGCCUUCAGCCCACUUGAGUGCCACUUGUAUCUGCAUAUCCUGGGGACCAUGCCGGACAGUCAAGGAGGGACCUCAGAGGAAGAAGAGGAAAUCGGAGGCAGGGCAGGUGGAGGAGAAGGCAGACCUGUUGGCAAUGGGCACAGCGGCGGGUAGCGUGCUUAUCUACAGUACAGCAAAGGGAGCCCUGCACUGUACCCUGGAUGGAGGCCAUAGUGGGGGAGUAAAUUGUGUUCAGUGGCACCCUGAAGACACUUUAUUGUACAGCGGCUCAGAUGAUACAAACAUUGUAGAGUGGGACCUGCAGACGGGCAAGGCGAGGAGUAAGUGGAAGGCGGACCGUGCAGCAGUGACCAGUCUGUGUGUGAGCCCUGAUGGCAAACUCCUGCUUUCAGCUGGUCAGAUUAUUAAGAUGUGGGACCUGGACACCAAGGAGGUUUACAGGAAGUUCACAGGCCACUCCACAGCUGUGACGACCCUGCGCUUUGCCACCACGCGACCCCCCGACAGCAAUGGUCUCUAUUUCCUGUCUGGUGCUGCACACGAUCGACUUCUCAGUGUUUGGCAAGUACGAGAGGACGGAAAGGACAAGAACUCAGUGGUUUCCUUCACACUGACGGACGAGCCACAACACAUUGACCUCGUCACGUCCAACAGCAAGGAAGAGGCGCUGAGGCUGGCAGUGGUGUGUAAAGAUGGGCAGCUGCAUCUCUUUGAGCACUUUUUAAAUGGGCCCUGUAAGAAGCCCUUGUCACCUUCGUGCACGGUGCAGAUGUCUGACACAAAGGACUCCCCAGUGCCCAUCCCACUGCUGGCUGCUGCCCUCGGAGUUGAUACGCGGACUGUGAUGCUGGCCUACGGCAACCACCUACAGCCAGUCAUGGAGAAAGUGGAGAUCAACACAGCAGAGAGACACAUCUGUUUGACCCGGGAUGUUCAGACCAGCUUGUCUCUUUCCAUGGAAACCGCUGUUUCCAAGGUGAAAACUCCAAUUGUCAACACCAAGAGCAGAGUGUUGGUCCCAGGGCUUCCUGGUCAUCAAGCCCCAGUCAAGGGAGCCUCACAGGGAUCAGAGAAGAGGAAAAAAGACACAGACACCAAAGAGAUGUCGAUAGCGGAGCGACUCGGUGAAAUUGAUCUGUCUUCAGUCUCCAUCGAGAAGGGAGGCCCUAAAGGGACAGCCUCUUUACAGACGGACAAUUUUGCAGUGCUGCUGGUGCAGGGCCUGGAGAGCAGCGAUGCAAGCAUCCUAAAUAAAGUUUUCCAGACCCGUAAAGAGAUGGUGAUAAAGAAAACAGUGGCUCGGUUACCUCUUCCUGCUGUUUUACCUUUGGUGGAAGAGAUCACAAAGAGACUCCAAGGGCAUCCUUUUACGGCAGUUUUAAUGGUACGGUGGCUCAAGGCUGUACUCAUGCACCACACAUCAUACCUGGCAUCGCUGCCAGACCUGGUUACCCAGCUAGGAGUCCUUUAUCACAUGAUUGAGAGCAGAGUGAAGAUGUUCCACAAGCUAACAAAGCUGCAUGGGAAACUGUAUCUCCUAAUGACACAGAAUCAUCUGAGGAAGAUGAGGCCUCUGGUGAUGAAGGUCUUCCUGAUGACGACUCUGAUAACUGGGAAGAAGAGGAGGCGAUGGAAGAAGAGAAGGAAGAAAAAGCAGACGAGGAAGAGGAUGAUCCAGAAAGCAGAACAGAUUCCAAGGCUAACGGAGAGGAAGACAUGGAGCACGGAAACGAGAGCGAAGAGGAAUGAGGAGAAAUGCCAAUCAUACAUAAAAUGGACCUGAAAGAGUUAUAUAUACUUUCAUUUUAUUUUCAUGCCUUUGAUUUUAUUAUCAGAACAAAGUAUGGUUUUACAAAAUCAAGGGACAAUGUUGUUGAAACGUGGGCAGCUUGGCACCCUGCCUCGCCAACACACCGUUCAGCCACAAGGGCGGUGCUGUCACGCCCUCCUUUCUCCCCGUCUGAGGAACAGAUGCAACAUUUUGGGGAGAAAGGUAAAAUGAAACUGAUGCAAGUUCCCCUUUGUGCUGUCAGUUCAGUCUGCAUCCCAGCUCUAUAGCCUGAUGUGUUUGCAUUGAAAAUGACUGAAAAGAUAAUAUGGUGGUGCUCCAGUUUACCUACACUUCAGUCUGCAUUCCAAAUUGUAUGUCACUGUAAUAAAUAGUAGAGUAUAUUCUAUGAUCAGUUAACAGUAGACGAGACAGCUCUCUGUCUGUGAUUGGUUUACCCAACUCUGUAGGUCACCUGGAACACACCUCGUUGUCCAGCGGAGCCCACCGGUGCAAACACAGUGCAGGUGUGGAGUUGGGAUGCACACACAC